UCCACAUGAAGCGGUAUGAGGCUUGCAAGCUGAACAGCCAAGAAGUGGUGGAGGAAGACAAAAGACUUAAAUUGCCACCAAACUGGGAAGCUAAAAAAGCUCGGCUGGAGUGGGAGCUGAAGGUGCAGGAAAAGAAGAAGGAAUGUGCAGCGAGAGGAGAGGACUAUGAGCGAGUCAAGCUGCUGGAGAUCAGCGCUGAGGACGCCGAGAGGUGGGAGAGGAAAAAGAAGAAGAAAAAUCCCGACCUGGGCUUUUCAGAUUACGCGGCGGCGCAGCUGCGCCAGUACCAGAGGCUGACGCGGCAGAUCAAACCUGACCUGGAGCAGUACGAGAAGCUGAAGGAGCAAUACGGGGAAGCUCUUUAUCCCACCUCCGACAGCCUCCUCCACGGAACUCACGUGCCAUCCAAGGACGGGGUCGACAGAAUGGUCGCGGAUCUUGAAAAACAGAUUGAGAAGCGGGAGAAGUACAGCCGGCGGCGACCCUACAACGACGACGCCGACAUCGACUACAUCAACGAGAGGAACGCCAAGUUCAACCAGAAGGCAGAGAGGUUCUAUGGGAAGUACACGGCCGAGAUCAAACAGAACCUGGAGAGAGGGACAGCUGUCUGAGGCACAGCACACAGCCCUGGCUGUGUGCAAGGGGAGUGCAAAUUCUACAGGCAAUUUUAUAAGAAAAAGCAUUAUAGGUGUCGCUUGCUGGAAUCCGUGGUGGGUUUAAUGGAGUAGAAGUGAUUUGUGUAACUGCAGCUGAACACUGCUUUUACCUGCAGGAGUAACCAGCUUGUGCAAUCUUGUGUUCUAAAUAAAGACCAGCUUUAGUCUAA